CUCGCAACCUCGCAGCUUUGCACGGUACAAGCUGCAUUUUCAUUGCACACCGCUGUAUGCGUACGACGCACAAUGUUUCGAAAGAAGCAAGACGUGGCUGAGCGGAGCCGGAGCCUGCUCAAGAACAGCGCAGCGAAGAAGAUUAAAGUGGAAAUUGUUUCGGCGCUCCCUCUGCUGACCAGAGAGAUCAUCGAUGAGCUGAUGCCCAGCAAGGAUGGCAUAGAGGUGGUCAAGCUCGCCACCCGCGCCCUGGUGUACUUCCACGUCCCCACCAAGACCCCCCUCUUCUUCGACUCCGACGGCCGCAACAACCUCUUCCCCACCGUGUACGCCCUGUGGAGGGUCGGGAAAUUGAAACCGACAACGCCAGGAGAGGCGGCGGCGGCGGGAGGGGGGGG